ACACAACCGCAUUUUCUCUCCACUCUUCCAUUUAUUUAUACUCUCUCCCCUCUGCAACUGCACCCCACACUCACUCAUUCACUCUCCCUCCCUCUACAAUGGAAGAAAAAGGAGGAACUACCCUUCUCUUUUCCUUCAUUCUUUCCCUUCUCUUUCUUUCCUCUACCGCUCUCAACUACCAGACCCUUGUACCCAAACCCCUCCCCUCCCCAUCAACCCUUUCAUGGUCCGACUUCGAAAGUCUAUCAGUUCCUGAACUAGACACCAACACCACCAUCCUUCUCGACGUGGAGCUGCACCACAUCGACGCCUUAUCCUUCAACAAGAACCCACAGCAACUCUUCAAUCUCAGGCUCCAGCGUGACGCCUUCCGUGUUAAAUCCCUGAUCUCCGUAGCCGACGCCGCGGCCAAAAGACCCGGCGGGAAUGUGACUCGUGCUCGCGGUGCGGGGUUCAGCAGCUCUGUCAUAUCGGGGCUUGCGCAAGGAAGCGGCGAAUACUUCACGCGCUUGGGAGUGGGCACACCGCCUCGAUAUGUGUACAUGGUUCUGGAUACUGGAAGCGACGUCGUUUGGAUCCAGUGUGCCCCUUGUAGGAAAUGCUAUUCACAGUCCGACCCGGUUUUCGACCCGAGAAAGUCCAGAUCCUUCGCUGCAGUUCCCUGUGGGUCCCCCUUGUGUCGCAAACUUGAUUCUGCGGGUUGCAAUCAGAGGCUGAGGAAGUGCCUGUAUCAGGUCGCUUACGGUGACGGUUCCUUCACCGUUGGCGAUUUCUCCACUGAAACGCUGACGUUUAGGGGUACACGAGUGGGGCGAGUCGCGCUCGGUUGUGGUCACGACAAUGAGGGCUUAUUUGUUGGUGCUGCGGGGUUACUCGGGCUCGGCCGGGGCAGAUUAUCCUUUCCCACACAAACCGGUCGGCGGUUCAACCGGAAAUUCUCUUACUGCUUAGUGGACCGGUCCGCUUCUUCUAGACCGUCCUCAAUGGUUUUCGGUGACGCUGCAGUAUCGCGAACCGCCCGGUUCACUCCCUUGAUCGCGAAUCCGAAGCUGGACACGUUCUACUACGUUGAGCUCCUCGGGAUGAGUGUCGGUGGCACACGUGUCGCUGGGAUCACUGGAUCAUUAUUCAAACUUGACCCGACCGGUAGUGGAGGGGUCAUAGUUGACUCUGGUACGUCCGUUACUCGCUUGACUCGACCCGCUUACAUUGCUCUGAGGGAUGCUUUCCGCACCGGAGCUGCUAAUUUGAAGCGAGCACCAGACUUCUCGUUAUUCGAUACGUGCUUUGAUCUGUCGGGGAAGACGGAGGUGAAGGUGCCAACGGUGGUGAUGCAUUUCGGAGGCGCUGACGUGUCAUUGCCGGCGUCGAAUUACCUGAUUCCGGUGGACAGCGACAGUACAUUUUGUUUCGCCUUUGCGGGUACCAUGAGUGGGUUGUCGAUCAUCGGGAAUAUCCAGCAGCAAGGGUUCCGGGUGGUAUACGAUUUAGCGGGUUCACGACUCGGGUUUGCUCCACGUGGGUGCGCAUAAGUCGGUGUGCUGUUUUUUUCUUUUCUUUUGUUUUAAAGGGUGGAAUUAGCUCAUCCCCUGACUGUCUUUUUAAAAUUUUCUUAAAAUGACAGAAGUCUAGUUCAAGUGCAACUGUGCCAGCCCAAAAACAGUACCCAUAGCUGUAAUGCGAAGUUGUUUUUAUGUGGGAAAAAGAUAAAUGCAAUAGCUUUUGUAGUGUAUCUGGACGAUUUUCCACUUGUAGAUAUCUUCAAAAAUAUUGGUACAUCUCCUCCAUUGGAAUUUUUAGUUCAA